AUGGCAAACAGGAAGCGUCAGAGCACUACAGCCAGCAUGCUGGAUCACAGAGCAAGAGCUUGCCCAACUUCAUCUCACAGCAGGGAGCCUGAAAAUGAGGAAAGUGAUCUUCCUAUUGAAGAUUACCCAGCAAAGGAGGCAGAACUAACAGCCAUCAGACAAGGCAGUCCUACACCCUUGGAACAUGAGUGCAACGAUCACAGCGGAGAUGGUGACUCCAGCUCUGACUAUGUGAAUAACACCUCUGAGGAGGAGGACUAUGAUGAAGGCUUGCCAGAAGAGGAGGAAGGGAUCACAUACUACAUUAGAUACUGUCCAGAGGAUGACAGUUACCUGGAAGGAAUGGACUGCAAUGGAGAAGAAUAUGCUGCCAAUGAGGAACACCAUGUUGAAACAGAUGAGUGUCAGGAAGCUGUAGAAGAGUGGUCUGAAGGUAAAAUUCAGCACCAGGAUGAAAAUGAGGUGACAGACAGGCAAGAGUGGCAGGAAGGUCAAGAUAACGGCAUUCAGGUUUUAGAGGAUGAAGCAUCAUCUUUGGAGAUUCAAGACCAAGAUGAGAAUAUACAAUAUUGUCAAAGUGAAGGUGGCUACCCGGACUAUUACCCAGCAGAGGCUAAUGGAAACUCACAGGGGAUAUCGCCAUAUCAUUCUAGAAAAGAGGAUGCAGAGCUGGAAGAGCAGGAAGAGGACAUUGACCAGAUUGUAGCAGAAAUCAAAAUGAGUAUGAGCAUGAGCAGCAUAAACAGUACGACAGAGAUGAGUCCAGAGCACACUGGGACUGAAAGCAUGGCACAUGACUAUAAAGAGACUUGUUCAAAGGGAGAAGCUGUUCACAGUGCUAACAGGCACGAAGGGAGGCCAAAAUCACUGAAUAUCCCAUCUGCUUCUAAGCAUGGUGGAGAUGUGCCUAGAGGUUUUAAAGCAAAAUCAAGAACUCCAGAGGACAGGCAGAAGUGGCCACAAGAGCAGGUGUGCAAUGGUAUAGAACAGCCAAGGAAGCAGCAGCGUUCUGACCUCAAUGGCCCAGUUGACAAUAAUAACACACCUGAGUCAAAGAAAGUAUCCUCAUUUCCAAGUUUUGUUGAUGUUCCAGGACCUUGCGAACCUGAAGACCUCAUUGAUGGAAUCAUCUUUGCAGCCAAUUACCUGGGCUCUACACAGCUGCUCUCUGAGCGCAACCCUUCCAAAAACAUAAGGAUGAUGCAGGCUCAAGAGGCAGUGAGCCGUGUUAAGAGGAUGCAAAAGGCGGCUAAAAUCAAGAAAAAAGCGACCUCAGAAGGAGAUUCCCAGGCCUUGACUGAGGUGGACCUGUUCAUCUCCACACAGAGAAUCAAAGUUCUAAAUGCAGACACACAGGAAACAAUGAUGGAUCAUGCACUGCGCACAAUCUCCUACAUUGCUGACAUUGGUAACAUUGUGGUUUUAAUGGCACGACGCCGCAUGCCGAGAUCAGCUUCUCAAGACUGCAUUGAAACAACACCUGGUGCCCAGGAAGGAAAGAAGCAGUAUAAAAUGAUAUGCCAUGUCUUCGAAUCAGAGGAUGCACAGCUGAUAGCUCAGUCUAUUGGUCAGGCUUUCAGCGUAGCUUACCAGGAGUUUUUAAGAGCCAAUGGAAUUAACCCUGAGGAUCUCAGUCAGAAAGAGUACAGUGACAUCAUCAAUACCCAGGAGAUGUACAACGAUGAUCUCAUACACUUUUCCAAUUCAGAAAACUGCAAAGAGCUCCAGCUAGAAAAACAGAAGGGAGAAAUUCUUGGAGUAGUGAUUGUGGAAUCUGGAUGGGGAUCCAUUCUACCCACUGUUAUCCUGGCAAACAUGAUGAAUGGAGGCCCUGCAGCCCGUUCAGGAAAACUAAGCAUUGGGGACCAGAUUAUGUCUAUUAAUGGGACCAGUUUAGUUGGUCUACCUCUUGCAACAUGCCAAGGGAUCAUAAAGGGUCUCAAGAAUCAGACACAAGUCAAACUGAACAUUGUCAGCUGCCCUCCCGUCACUACUGUACUCAUAAAACGGCCAGACUUGAAAUACCAGCUGGGAUUCAGCGUACAGAAUGGAAUUAUUUGCAGCUUGAUGCGAGGUGGAAUAGCUGAGAGGGGAGGGGUUAGAGUGGGUCAUCGUAUUAUUGAGAUCAAUGGACAGAGUGUUGUUGCAACUGCUCACGAGAAGAUAGUACAAGCACUGUCUAACUCAGUGGGAGAGAUUCAUAUGAAGACUAUGCCAGCUGCCAUGUUCAGGCUUCUAACUGGGCAAGAAACACCCCUAUACAUCUAGCAUGCGACUCUUGCAGGAGAAUGAUUAAAUGAUUCCAUCAAAGCCGAAUGAAUUAACGAUUCCACCAAAGCCCUCAUAGCUGAAGAGAAUUUUGUAUUUUGUACAAAUGAAAGGCUUUGAAGCUGCCAUGAGGACUCCGA